AGCUUGCCGUUUCACUGGCGCAUGUCGAGGAUGUGCAGGCCCAAGCUGGCAGUGCAAGCGAGAGCAUGUUCCCUCGUGUGUCAAGACUCAAGGCACGAUCGAGUUGCCCACUGACAUCGCUAAUAAUUUAUGUUCCCCUUUGCUAAGACGACAGGAGCGUCGAUCCAAUGAGUGGCCCGUCGAUCUGGAGCUCGUCAAAUUCCCUCGUGUGUCAAGACUCAAGGCACGAUCGAGUUGCCUGUGGUCAAUUCGGCCAUGGCCGGCGCCUAUUCAUAUCUCCGGCUCCCGGCGACCGCGAACAUGCAGCCUCUCCUUCGUUCGGUGCUAAGAAUAGGCGCGCCGGGAGGGUGCACUAUUUCUACGCGGCGCGGCCAGCGAGGGAGUCCCGCAACCAAGCCGAGCUCCUUGGGAUCCCGGUGCCAGGCCUCGCCUCGCGCGGCGGUGCCCCCUCUUCGUCCCCCAGCGACGCCGACGCGGGCCGGCGGACAUGAAGGGGAGCGGUGCCAUGAAACCGUCGUCCAUGUUCUACGUCCACGAGGCGGACGUCGUCCAGAUCCACCACUUCCUCGAGGAGUGCUCCCUCUGCGCCAAGUCGCUCUCCGGCGACAUCUUCAUGUACAGAGGUGACACGCCGUUCUGCAGCGAGGAGUGCCGGCAGCAGCAGAUCGAGGUGGACAGGGCGAAGCACCGGCGGAAGAAGCGCGCGGCGGCGCACGCGCUGUCCGCGCGCAGCAAGGAGAACCGGCACCACCACCACCAUCACCACCCUCAACACCACCACCACCACCAGCAACCGCAGCCGCGGAAGCCCGGCAUGGACGCCAACCCCUGGGUCGACGCCGGCUUCGCGCGGGCGCCCGCGCUGCGCGUCUGAGGAACGAGCGCGCCACCACUCCCCGCGUCCCCGCCGCGCCACGCAGCGCCGUGCGCGCUCGGUCCGCGGACCGGGCGCGUCGCGUCGCGCCGCGCCGCGCGGGGACCAGUCGUUCUCCGCGAGCUCUGCUCCGACGCGCGCAGCACGCAAUACGGAAUCCUUUCGGUUUUAGGGAUCGGUUGCGCUAGUGCGUAAGUUACACGGCCAGGCGAUUGGCUCGGGCUCUUUUUUUUUUGCUCAAACUACUACUACUACUACUAUACGUAGUGUCCUCCAAGGCUAGAACUGUAGAGCCACCGGCCAUGGAUCAGUGGAUGCCCGUACGGCGUCGCCACCGCUUCUUCUGGCCUCGAACUUCGGCUGUAGUUCUUGCUUUCGUGGAAUGAAAUACGUACGGUUUUUCUCCUACCAGACUAGUAACUGUAUACUCUGAAUGUACAAACUGUAAAAACAAAUACGAGGCAAAACCUAGUGAAAUACGAACCGAACAGAAGAGCCAGCUCGGAGGGCCGGAGAACAUGCGAAGAGAAAUUCAGAAGGUCGGGGCGGUGCUGCACCACCAACCAACUGAAGAUCUCGAUCUUUGCAGUCUCCAUCCACUCUGCUGGCGCUCUUGUGUUCCGAGUUGUAUCCCUUCGCCGUUCCUGUAAUCUCUGCUCGGUAUGCCGGGCCUUCAGCCAUGUAUCCAUCAUUGACUAUGAAAUGUAGGUGGGGAUCCUCCACCCCCAAUGUUGUUCACGAA